AAACAAGAAACACUUACCAACCUAAGCGUUGGUAGAGAAAAGCUAAAUCACAAUGAGAUCUUCUUCUAAGAUGGGGCCUUCUACCCAUCUCAUUUCCGCUCUAGGAGUUAUCAUCAUGGCGACAAUGGUUGCUGCUUAUGAGCCAUACACAUAUAGUUCUCCACCACCGUCGUAUUCUACACCAUCUCCUAAGGUUGAAUACAACUCUCCCCCACCACCAUACGUGUCUCUACCACCACUACCGUAUAUCUCUCCAUCGCCUAAGGUUGACUAUAAGUCUCCAUCACCUGUAUAUAGUUCCCCACCACCACCGCCAUACUACUCUCCAGCCCCUAAGGUUGACUUCAAGUCUCCUCCACCACCGUAUGUCUACAGUUCCCCACCACCACCAUACUACUCUCCAUCGCCAAAAGUAGACUACAAGUCUCCUCCUCCACCAUAUGUUUACAGUUCCCCACCACCACCAUACUACUCUCCAGCCCCUAAGGUUGACUACAAGUCUCCUCCUCCACCAUAUGUCUACAGCUCUCCACCACCACCAUACUAUUCUCCAGCACCUAAGGUUGAAUACAAGUCUCCUCCACCACCAUAUGUUUACAAUUCCCCACCACCACCGUACUACUCUCCAUCCCCAAAGGUUGUAUACAAAUCUCCUCCUCCACCAUAUGUCUACAGCUCUCCACCACCACCGUAUUACUCUCCAUCCCCUAAAGUUGUUUACAAGUCUCCACCUCCCCCAUAUGUCUACAGUUCUCCACUACCACCAUACUACUCCCCAGCCCCAAAGGUACACUACAAGUCUCCUCCACCACCGUAUGUUUACAGCUCCCCACCACCACCACACUACUCUCCAUCCCCUAAGGUUGUAUACAAAUCUCCACCACAUCCUCAUGUAUGUGUGUGUCCACCACCUCCUCCAUGUUAUUCUCCACCUCCAAAGGUUGUAUACAAGUCUCCUCCACCACCAUAUGUUUACAGUUCCCCACCACCACCAUACCACUCUCCAUCCCCUAAGGUUGUAUACAAGUCUCCUCCACCACCAUAUGUCUACAGCUCUCCUCCACCACCAUACUAUUCUCCAGCCCCUAAGGUAGACUACAAGUCUCCUCCACCACCGUAUGUUUACAGCUCCCCACCACCACCAUAUUACUCUCCAUCCCCUAAGGUUGUAUACAAGUCUCCUCCUCCCCCGUAUGUCUAUAGUUCACCACCCCCACCAUACUAUUCUCCAUCCCCUAAGGUAGACUACAAGUCUCCUCCCCCACCGUAUGUUUACAGCUCCCCACCACCACCAUACUACUCUCCAUCCCCUAAGGUAGACUACAAAUCCCCUCCUCCCCCUUAUGUUUACAGCUCCCCACCACCACCAUACUACUCUCCAUCCCCUAAGGUAAACUACAAGUCUCCUCCACCACCGUAUGUUUACAGUUCCCCACCACCACCUUACUACUCUCCAGCACCUAAGGUAGACUACAAAUCUCCUCCACCACCGUAUGUUUACAGUUCUCCACCACCACCAUACUACUCUCCAGCGCCUAAGGUAGACUACAACUCUCCUCCACCACCAUAUGUUUACAGUUCCCCACCCCCACCAUACUACUCUCCAUCUCCUAAAGUUGUAUACAAGUCUCCUCCUCCCCCGUAUGUCUACAGUUCUCCACCCCCACCAUCGUACACACCUCCAAAAAGUGAGUACUAAGCUUCAUGGCCACCCUCGUAUUACAAAAUGUAAUUUGGAUUCUUUUAUAACUUGUUGAGUUUUAUUUGAUCUCAUCUUUCUUUUUUUCUGAUGCUAUUUGUAUCUAAUAAUUUUUAAUUUUCCUCGUAUGGAUUCAAAUAUUUUGCUACUAAAUCUACACAUGGUUUCAUGGUUUUCCUUUUAUUUGUGUAAAGGUUGCUUUCAAUCUAUAUGAAGUUCUUUGCUAUAAAUAUAAUCUUUUAACAUGUUGUCUUGUAUAUGGAUGCAUACUAAGUUGCAUGGAUUAUUUUAAUUCUAUUGUGUUUUUAAAGUUUAA